AUGGCUAUUACUGCACAUAUCUCAGUUAUUAUACUGUAUCUGACAAUGCUCGGUGUUUAUAACGUUACAUGGGCCAAGAAAUCAAAUCCGAGAACUUCCUCAAGCUCAAUAGAAGAUGAAUUGUUUCCCAUCUACGAGUGUGACGAACGAAGCCGGGACUGGACGUUGCGUUGCCUCGUACCCUUGACCAAUGCGCAAAUGUCGGUGGAUCUGUGCAAAACCGGUGAGAACCCCGAUCAGCUUUUUCUCAAACGUUGUGCUAAGGAAUUGCAAAUUCUUGGACAGUCCUGCCCUCAACCGGUUGCCGUUGCGGAUAUAGCUAGAAAUAUGCAAGUACACAAGCCUCCUCCCAUGUCGCACGAUUCGCCCAACAUGCCGAAAGUUCCAAAGCAACCGUCUGCGGGUAGCAAGAAAGAUAAAUUCUCAUUGUAG